GGCAACCACCACAAGUCACAAACGGGUGACCGGUAUCGAAGCUUCGGGAGAUCGCAGAGAAACACGGAAUGAAUCGCAACUGGUUGACGGGAUUGGUAGUGCUCCUUGGAGUAGUGAUGCAGAUGGAGGCCAAACCUCCGGUGAAGAAGCCGGCUGAGCUGCCAUCUUUCCUCAAGGUGUGCCAUCGCGAUUCACCGGACCUGAACACCUGCGCUCGGGAAUCCUAUGAGGCACUGCGACCGCGGCUGAUGGAGGGCAUUCCCGAGCUGUACAUACCGUCCAUGGAGCCACUGAUCGUUCCGCAGGUGAAGAUGGAUCAGGACUCCGGCGCCAUCUAUCUGCAUUCCGUGUACCGAAACGUUAAGGUCACGGGCAUCUCGAAGCACACGGUGAACGAGCUGCGCUUGGAGCCCUCAAAGCUGAAGUUCAUUGUGUCGCUGACCUUCCCCAAGCUGCACAUGGAAUCGGACUACAGCAUUAAGGGGAAAAUCAUGAUGAUGCCACUGCUGGGCGAUGGCCACUGCAAGGUGGAUCUGGUAAACAUCACCAUGCGCACGGAGCUGAUUGGUCAGGAGUACAAGAAGAAUGGGGCCAACUAUUUGAAGAUAAACAACGUGAAGGUCAAGUACGAGCUAUCCGAUGUGCACAUCCAUCUGGACAACCUCUUUAAUGGGGACAAGGCCUUGGGCGAUCGGAUGAACGAGUUCCUCAACGAAAACUGGAAGGCUCUGGCCGAGGAAGUGCGUCCGCUGAUGACCAAGGCUCUGGUGGAUAUUCUGAGGGCCUCCGUGGACAAACUGUUUGCCUCAUUCAGCUACGAUGAUCUGCUACCCAAGGGCAAGAACUAAGUGCACAGCAUUUUUACAAUCUUAAUUAUUUAAUCGUAGUACAAAAUAUUAGCCUACAAGUAAGCACACAAUUAAAAGUGAAAUAAAUUAUGAAUAUAAUACAAAAAC